GAGGCCGCCCGCGGCUUCUCGUCGCGAGUGCAGAACCCGACGACCAAGCUGACUGGCGCGCAACUCACCUACCUCUUCGUGAUGCAAGCGCUGCCCUCGAUGCUCAUCGCGGGCGCCCUCAACUUUGCCGUGGCUUACCCCAUGUACGCGUCGCCACGCCCGCCGCCGGGCCCGCCCCCCGCGGGCUCGGUCCCGCCCUUCCUCUUCCGCCCGCCCGUCUCGCUCGUCGUCGACGCGGCCCUGACGACGGUGGUGCAGUCGGCCAUCACGUGGACCUGCCUCGCCGUGCUGGUCAACCGCGCCCUGUCGCGCGGCGAGGUGGCGCCGUACGCGCCUCCGCCGCCGCCGGCCAAGGCGCGGUGGUGGUGGUGGUGGUGGUUGUGGGGCGAGCCGCGCAACGUGGCGGCGAGGUGGUUCCUGAUGCUGGACCACUACAAUGCCGAGCGGGGCAGUCGGCUGUUGGGUGCGUGCGAACGCCUCUGCUGCUGUUGCUGCUCCUCCUCCUCUUCUUCUUCUUCCUCCUCCUCCUCCUCCGGGCAGUGCGCUCGGCGGGUUGGGCGGUGGGUCGCCUUCGGGCUGGCAAGUUUAGGGAGGGCCGUGAUAGUCGCACUGCUCGGGUACCUGGCCAUGAUCGGGCCGACGAUUGGGAUCUGCGCGGCGGUUGGCACGAGGUUUGACGGGGACUGGGUCUUCCUCGGCAGGUGGGAUGGCGCCCUGUUCAAGCUCGUCUACGGUGGGGUGUUGGGGUUCAUCACUUCGCCGGCCCUCGCGCUCAUGUGGAUGCUGAGGGCGGGGUGGAUCGUG